AGAUGUUCUCUGCAGACGAAAUUGAAGAUGGUGGUUCUGACUAGCUCCUCCCUCCUCCUCCUACUUGGGGAUUCAAAUAACACGCCUUCAAGGCAGAUUCCCUUUUCCUCCUAGGAUUCCUGGAUUCAGAAGCGCCAGUGGCAGCAGGAAUGGAUUUCUGAGCUGGGACUGCAGACUCUCGGGCAUUUUCCCUACUUCCCCGCCCAUGUAAACCCCAGUCAGGGAUUCGAGUGAUAUCCUCCACGUCCAAUCAGAGAAAGCGGCUUCUCCCUGGCCACCGCCCUGCUCACCCUGCGGCCCCCAAUAACUGCUCAGAAAGGUCGGGUUUAUGCAGUCAAGUAUCUAAGGAAGGAUCGCCCGAACGCGAUCGCAGAGGGAGGGACUGGGGUGAGGUCUGGCGUGGAGGAUGCUCUCUCCUAGGGGUUUGCGGCGGAAGUGAAGAACCUGUAGACUACAUCCCAGCGGUGCUGCAGAAAGGACGCCCAGGGUGCAGGAAUAAAAAACAAAUAGUUCCUGCCCCCAAGGAGCAAGAAUUCUAAUGGGUGUGACAACUAUAUAAAUCAGAACAUAUAAAGUGGUUAGUAUUUCCUGACUACACAUGACAAAAGUUAAUGAAGCUCUUUUGGAGUUAAACCUAAGCACUGUUGCAUACAAGAUGAAGAUGUGGUUUUUGAUCAGUUACCUAAUUACAAUGUGCUUCAUAUCCUGUCUAGCAGUUGCUGAAGAUGGCAAAGGAUUUGGACCAAUUUUUGAAGAGCAACCAAUUGAUACCAUUUAUCCAGAAGAAUCACCAGAUGGAAAAGUAUCAUUGAACUGCCGGGCUCGAGCUAGCCCCUUUCCUGUUUACAAAUGGCGAAUGAAUAACUGGGAUAUUGAUCUGACAAACGAUCGCUACAGCAUGGUAGGAGGGAACCUGGUAAUCAACAACCCUGACAAACUGAGAGAUGCUGGAAAGUAUUUCUGCUUAGCUUCAAAUAUUUAUGGAAUGGUUAGAAGCACUGAAGCAACUUUAAGUUUUGGGUAUCUUGACCCUUUUCCACCAGAGGAACGAGUGGAGGUAAAAGUGAAGGAAGGGAUAGGCCUUGUUCUUCUGUGUGAUCCUCCUUACCACUUUCCAGAUGAUCUUAGCUAUCGUUGGCUUCUAAAUGAGUUUCCUAUAUUCAUCACAAUGGACAAACGACGAUAUGUAUCUCAGACCAAUGGAAAUCUAUAUAUUGCAAAUGUAGAGGGAUCUGAUAGAGGCAAUUAUUCAUGCUUUGUAUCAAGUCCUUCAAUUACAAAGAGUGUAUUCAGCAAAUUUAUCCCACUCAUCCCUCUUUCUGACCGCACAACAAAGCUGUAUCCUGCUGAUAUCAAAGUCCAGUUCAAGGACACAUAUGCACUGGUGGGCCAUAAUGUAACAUUAGAGUGUUUUGCCCUUGGAAACCCUGUUCCUGAGAUCCGGUGGAGAAAAGUUCUGGAACCAAUGCCAAGCACAGCUGAGAUUAGUAUGUCUGGUGCUGUUCUUAAGAUUUUCAACAUUCAGCUUGAAGAUGAAGGAACUUAUGAAUGUGAAGCUGAGAACAUCAGAGGAAAAGAUAGACAUCAGGCAAGAAUUUAUGUCCAAGCAUUUCCUGAAUGGGUAGAACAUAUCAAUGACACAGAGGCAGAUAUAGGCAGUGAUCUAUACUGGCCUUGUGUGGCUACAGGGAAACCUAUUCCUACAAUCAGAUGGUUGAGAAAUGGAUAUGCGUACCAUAAAGGUGAGCUGAGACUGUAUGGGCUGACCUUUGAUAAUGCUGGAAUGUACCAGUGCAUAGCUGAAAAUGCCCAUGGAGCAAUAUAUGCGAAUGCUGAGCUCAAGAUUCUGGCCAUGGCUCCCACCUUUGAAAUGAAUCCUAUGAAGAAGAAGACCCUGGCAGCUAAAGGAGGACGUGUUUUAAUUGAAUGCAAACCUAAGGCUGCACCUAAACCAAAAUUUUCAUGGAGUAAAGGAACAGAAUGGCUUGUCAAUAGUACUCGAAUUCUCAUUUGGGAUGAUGGUAGCCUUGAAAUCAGGAACAUCACAAGGGCUGAUGAAGGCACUUACACAUGUUUUGCAGAAAAUAACAGAGGAAAAGCUAAUAAUACUGGAACUCUACUAAUCACAGAUGCCACAAGGAUUACUUUACCCCCAGCUAAUGCUGAUGUGACUGUGGGUGAGAAUGCUACCAUGCAGUGUUCUGCGUCCCAUGAUCCUGCACUGGACCUCACAUUUAUUUGGUCUUUGAAUGGAUAUGUGAUUGAUUUUAAUAAAGAAAGUAGUCAUUACAUGAGGAAUUUUAUGAUAGAUUCCAAUGGUGACUUGCUUAUUAAAAAUGCCCAGCUGAAACAUGCUGGACGUUAUACUUGCACUGCUCAGACAAUUGUGGAUAAUUCUUCUGCUUCUGCUGACCUUGUUGUUCGAGGCCCACCAGGCCCACCAGGGGGUGUGAGAAUAGAAGACAUUAGAGAUACUUCUGUAGGACUCACAUGGAGCCGUGGCUCAGAUAAUCAUAGUCCAAUAUCUAAAUAUUCUAUUCAGACCAAAACUAUUCUUUCUGAUGACUGGAAAGAUGCCAAAACAGAUCCACCAAAUAUUGAAGGGAAUAUGGAAUCAGCAAGGGCAGUAGACCUAAUCCCAUGGAUGGAGUAUGAAUUCCGGGUAGUAGCAACCAAUAUCUUGGGAACAGGAGAGCCCAGUCUACCAUCAAACAGAAUCAAAACAGAGGGUGCUGCACCUAAUGUGGCUCCUUCAGAUGUAGGAGGAGGAGGUGGAAGCAACCGUGAAUUGACAAUAACAUGGGUGCCUUUGUCACGAGAAUACCACUAUGGCAACAAUUUUGGUUACAUAGUCGCCUUCAAACCCUUUGGUGGAAAAGAGUGGAAAAAAGUAACAGUUACUAAUCCAGAUAUUGGCCGGUAUGUUCAUAAAGAUGAAACAAUGUCCCCUUCCACUGAGUUUCAAGUAAAAGUGAAAGCCUUUAACAGCAAAGGAGAUGGACCAUUUAGUCUUACCGCAGUCAUUUAUUCUGCACAAGAUGCACCCAGUGAAGCUCCUACAGAUGUGAGCAUAAAAGUCCUAUCUUCUUCUGAAAUCUCAGUUUCUUGGAAACAUGUUUUAGAAAAAACCGUGGAGGGCUAUCAGAUUCGCUACUGGGCUGCACAGGAUAAGGAAGCUGCUGCGCAGAGAGUUCAAGUCAGCAGUCAGGAUUAUUCUGCCAAGCUGGAAAACCUGCUGCCUGAUAUGCAGUAUUCUGUGGAGGUUAGGGCCUAUAACAGUGCAGGAUAUGGGCCGCCCAGUGAUGUGGUUGAUGUCUAUACAAAGAAAGCACCCCCAAGUCAGCCUCCAAGGAUUAUUAGUUCAGUAAGGUCUGGUUCAAGGUACAUUAUCACCUGGGAUCAUGUCAGAGCAAUGUCAAAUGAAUCUACAGUAACAGGAUAUAAAGUGCUCUACAGACCUGAUGGUGAACAUGAGGGCAAGUUAUAUUCAACUCAUAAGCAUUCAAUAGAGGUCCCAGUCCCCAGAGAUGGAGAGUAUAUUGUGGAAGUUCGAGCCCAUAGUGAUGGAGGAGAUGGAGUGGUAUCACAAAUUAAAAUUUCAGGUGCAUCUGAAAUUUCGCCUAGUCUCUUUGGCUUAUUGCUGCCUGCCUUCGGCAUCCUAGCUUUUUGGGAAUUCUAAUUGUAGUGGAUAUCUGCUAUCAAAGUACAGCUGUGAAUUCUCCUCAGAUCUUUUAAGGACUACCAUUCUUUUUGAUUCCUGUGGCACUAUCUUAAGCCAAAUCAAUUAUAUAUUUAAAUUUUUUCCUGCUGGGUUACAGUAAAUUCAAGAACUGAGAUAUCUAGGAACCCCUUCAUCUUUGAGAUGUAUAGAAAAUGAUUUUUAACUUGUUACAAUAUGCCUUAUAAAACUCUUAAACUGUUCUGUGACAGUUGCAUGAUUUGGUCAAUAGAGCAAAUUAAUUGUUAAUAUCCACUAAUAUAGAUUGUAUAGUAAGAGUAAAAUCACCAUCCAAGGGUGAUUUAAUAACAAGUUGUGAAGUAUACUAGAGAUUGAAACAAUUUACAUGAUAAAUGUAAGAAUAACUUGGUCUGUUUGUAUUCUAUAUGUUUUGUGGCCAUAUCAUUCAUGAUAUUUUGUUUUGCAAAACAUUGAAUUCAUCUUAUAGAGCUUUCCCCACCUAGAAAUACAUUUGAAUAUUUGAAGCAUUUUGAAAGCAGCCCAAUUAUGAAUGUUUUUCAGUAAAAGUAUUUGAAUUGUCUAAUAACAUUGGAUUUUUAAAAAUAGAAUGGUUUUCUAAAUAACAGACAAUUUAGAUAAUUUUAGUCAUAAAUUUAGUAAUAAAUUCUAAUUUCAAUUUAUUUUAUUUUAUGAAACCUCAGUUCUAUUUUUUAGCUAAAAUUUUAGUUAACCUUUUCAUUCCUUUAUGGAAUUCUGAUUUUGAAUGACUAAAUACUUUCAUUCAUUUUUUUAAAGAUGUGAAAGAAGACUGAGAAUGAAUAGCUGUUAUUCAUCAGAAGCACAAAAAGGAGUCAGGUUACAAUGAUUUAAUAAUAUUAUGUCUUCUUUUUAAUCCUUCAUUCCCAAGUAUUACCUUCCUUUAGUCAAGGUAUGAAAUUAGGCAAUUAGGUUUGGGUGUGAAAAGCUUUUAGUAUUCUCUAAAAUGUUUUGUUAGAAAAUUUCUCACUUUAAUAGAAUACUGAAAGAAAAAAGGCUAAGGGGCCCCAAAACAACGUAACAAUUUUUGUUUCUUAGGAAUAAAUGGAUUUGGACAUCUAGCAGUAGCCAAUAAUCUUUAUGUUCUGACUGUGUCUAUCAAGAGUUUUUGUUAAUGAGUUUUUAUAGAUUGUGAGAAAAAAAGCAUUCUUUUAUUUACCUUGAUAGGCUCAAAAUAUUGAGUGUGAAUAUGGAAGAAACUCACUGAUAAUGAAAUGGGUUUAAUCCAAAAAUAGAAUUUCAAGGACAAUAAGCUCUGAAUCAUAUUUUACUAGCAUAUCCUUACUAGCUACCUAAACAUAGAGUUUAUCUUCUUAGGAUAUAUUAAACAGUCAUUAAAAUAUUUAUAAGUGAGAUUAGAUCUAUUACUACUUUACACCCCUUUCUUUAAAUUGUAUAAUUUUGUACUAUAUAUUUAAAUGUAAAUGUUAGAGUCUUCAUUAUAACAAUAGUGAUAUUGUAUUCAUUUGCUUCUAAGUAUUUGUUAUUAGAUACUUUUUAAUAAAAUAGGUAAAAUUUCUCAAAGAGAGACCCAGCAAUUUUGAGAUCACUACUAAGUUGCACAAAAUGUAAAAUUGGUUGGGAGAGAAAAACAUCUUCAUAUCUAAGAAAAAUUGAUACUCUGUAAGCUUUUUGCACACAUUCGAUUUUUUAAAUUCUCUCUGGGUUUUCUUAUUCCUAUGUGACCCAUUUGGACAUUUUUAUAUAAUCAACAGUACACUCUUUUGUUUAAUACAUGCUUGCUUGCCUUUUUCCUAUCCUGAUGGUAAGAAGCAAAACUGUUUAGUUUUUUUUUUUGCAUGCAGUGAUUAUAAAAGGUAAAAGAAAACAAAGAAUUUAGGGAUUUAAAGAAUUAUUGUAAAGAUUAACUAAUUUACAACAGCUCACAUAAUAUAACUUUGCUUUGUUAUUGUUUCACAAAAUUAUACCAAUUUAAGUGUGAUCUUAUGUUUAAAACACUACCAAACUAAUGUACUGUUUUAAAACAAAAUGUUUUUAAUUAACAUUUAUAUAUAAACAUAUUUGUUGUUUCUUUGUAUUUCAGGAAAGAUGUUAUUCAUAGUUUUAUUUGAUAAUGAUGAUGCUUGGCUAUUUCUUUUAUCAUUUUUUUUCAAUUGAGUAGACUGAGACCAUGCUUUGUCCUUUCUAUGAAUGGAGAAUAAAUUAUAAUGAAAUAAAUGUAUCAUAGUUACCCAAGA